AAUAAAUAUUAAAUUCCAAUUUUAGCGUAUUCACGAAAUGGACCCAUACCGUCACAACAACCACCACCACCACGAACCACCGUACCCACCACCACCACACUACCCCCCUCCACCGCCUCAUACCAUCCACCACCACCAUGAACCACCCUACCCACCUCCACCCCACGUUGAGCUCUACCCCCCACCACCUCGCGCCCCUGCUCCCUACACGGCAGAUUACUACCGUCCACCACCACCACCACCGCAAGGUGUCCACCAUCACCACCACAUCCCACAUAUGCCUCCGAUCAUCAACCACCACCACCAAAAACCACCAGAAAAGUAUACUGACAAUAAACCGACAGUUAGGAUUUACUGCAAGGCCAAAACGGAUUACGCUCUCACCAUUCGUGAUGGGCAAGUGAUUCUUGCUCCCUCUAACCCCUCCGAUCCUCAUCAGCAUUGGGUUAAAGAUUUGAAGUUUAGCACAAGAGUGAAGGAUGAAGAGGGUUAUCCCUCUUUUGCUUUGGUCAACAAGGCCACUGGUCAGGCUAUGAAACACUCCGUUGGUGCAACUUAUCCUGUUCAGCUGACAGAAUACAACCCUGAUAAGCUUGAUGAAUCUGUUCUUUGGACUGAGAGUAAGGACCUCGGGGACGGUUAUCGGGCAGUAAGAAUGGUCAACAAUAUUCGACUUAAUGUUGAUGCAUUUAAUGGUGACAAGAACCAUGGCGGCGUGCGUGACGGCACAAAAAUAGUUCUGUGGGAAUGGAAGAAAGACGGUAAUCAAAGGUGGAACAUGGUCCCUUACUGAUAUCUUGUUUUGUGGGAUGCAAGUGUCUAGUAACUAGCUAUAUACUAGGCUACUUCCUCAUUGUGCGGCGGUGGUCAUGUCUUCGUGUGUUUGAAUAAGACUGUUGAACAACUACCGGCUUAGUUCUGUGGUUGGUAUGUAUUUAUAGAUCACCCGAAUGCAUUUGGUAUAGCAUUGCUUCUUAUUAUGAUAUUUCUCAGCUAUUGAUGGUUUGAUAUCCACCAUCAUGAUGAGUGUGAACGACUAAUUGUGUUACGGUGACUUGUACGUUAUGCACUAGAAGUUGUGUCUUAGCAAACAUUUGUUUACAUCAUUUAUCUCAGGACCAACGUCUUAUUA